UAGCGAUUCGGCAGGCGCGUAAACCAGUGCGACGAAUAUUGGUCGCUAUUUAAAGAACAGGUGUAAGGACUCGAGCUCCAGAUCAAGGCUUCUGCAAUUCAUAGUUUCAAGUACAUUAAGGCUAGCUACAAAAAUGGAAGGCAAGCUCGCCACAAAUACCGAUGAUAAGAAGACGACCACAGGAGAAGGUGGCGGACAAUUCAAGAAACGGGAUGCCUCCUGGCCCAUGGUGCUAUUCUACGUACAUUUGAAUAUACUUGGUUUCUAUGGCAUUUACGUAUUGUUCACCAGCACCUCAUUAUUGACUAUAAUAUUCACGGCCGUUCUGACACUUCUCGGAAUUUUAGGCGAAACAGUGGGCGUGCAUCGACUGUGGGCGCAUCGCACCUUCAAGGCAAAUGCGCCGCUACGCGUUUUUCUUAUGAUUUGCCAGACACUGGCCGGGCAGGGUACAAUAUACAGUCGCGUCCAGGCCCAUCGCCUGCAUCAUGCGAAAUUUCGUACAGACGAGGACCCGUAUUACAGCAAUCAGAACUUCCUGUACGCCCAUGUGCGUGGCAAUCUAUUCAAGUACUCGCCGCAGCAGGAGGAGCUGUUGCAGAAAUUGGAGAUGUGGGACAUUGAGGCGGACUCGGUGGUUAUGUUCCAGAAGCGUUUCUACGUCCUGCUCUACAUAGUUCUGAACGUUCUGCUGCCUGUGAACACGCCCUUCCAGUACUUUGGCGAGACUAUUUUAGGAGCCAUGUUUGUUGGCUUCUGGCUGCGCAGCCUCAUUGUCGUGAAUGUGGGAAAUCUCGUCAAUUCGGCUCACUUCGUCUGGGGCAUACACAAGGACUUUAAGCCAAGUGACUCGAACAGCAUCUUCAUCAUCACGAAGAGCUUCUGGCCACAGUUUCAUUACCUGCUGCCCAACGAUUACCAGAGUGGCGAGUUCGGCGACUACUCCCAAGGGAUAGGCUCGGCGAUGAUCAGAGUAUUCGCUGCCUUGGAUCUGGCCACAGAUUUGCGGACCAUCAGCUCCGUGGCAGUAAGAAAGGGUCUCACACAGGCCCUGGACACGGAUCGGCCGAUUGUCGAGUGCAUCGAGGAACAGGUGAAGUUGGAGGAGAACGAACUUCCUGCCAAUCAUUUCCUCAACCGCAACAAGUUCAUGUGAUUGCGCAAUAGCUUGGAAAUUAUGCGUGAAAUGUGCGAGAGACUAUUGAUGAUGAAUAAAUAAAUGAACUAACAUACGUCGGUGUCUGGGUGCGACACAAAAAAAAAAAAAAAUACACAUACAUAAAAUACACGUA